AUGGGGCAGGUUAUUAAGAAGAAAACAUCCGAGCGGACGUUGGUAGACGGUGCUGCCGACAUCGGUGAGAGCAUGUUCUUCAGUGUGUCGAGGAGCAGAAUACUGAAAAGUCACUUACGCCUAAGCAUUGUUUGUGGAAACGAUGAAUAUUGCAAAAGUAUUGGUCAUGUGACACUUGGUCCGAAGACGAGCGGAAAGGAACUUGGCCACUGGAAACGUGCUCUUAGCGGCGAAGGUCCACCAUUGGCAACUUGGCACGCGGUUCGACCUCGAAGCACAGUUUGA